GGUAAGGGUAAGGAGAAGGAUAAAACCUUGUCAAGUUCUGAAAGUGAUAGUGAUAAUAAUAGUGAGACAGAAAUAUCAAGUAGUUCUAGUAGUUCUGAUAAAUCACGUAGUUCAAAAGAUAAAAGACGAAUGCCAAAAGCAUUAACAACAAGCCAAUCAGCUCAUCUCUGA